GCCUUUCAGGUUGCUCAUUAUGCCCUAUUACGUCUCUGUUUGUGGCAACAUUGUACAUUACCCACAUUUAUAAGAAAAAAAUUGACCAACAUUUUAAUCGUGUUGCGUAUUACAUGUACAUUAUGAUGACUAUCCUGUUGUGCUAUGUGAAUGUGUAUAUUUUUGUUUUACUUAUCCGACGUCGUGAAAAUUGAAUGUGUUAUGUGAACACACUUCAUCAAAUCGAAAAUAAACGUAUGUGAUAGCAUAUAUGGAAGAGACAAUCAUGAUGUCACGUGCUUUUGACUUGUCUUCGUUCUUGUCUUGUCACGUGGAAAAGCUAAAAAAAAAGUUAUAUGUUCUGUUUUAAAAAACGUGAACUGCAAACAGAUCGGUGAUCAAGUUAAAUUGUGUUGUUACAUUCGUUCUAUCUUAUAACCAAUACCACAAGCACAGAGGUUAGGUUUUGAAAUUUUAAUCCUCUCCUACGAUGAUUUAAUAUGUAUGAAAAGAUUUGCGUAUUAUAAUUAAAAAUUAAGUCGACAUUAAAAUGAUUCUGUAUAUUUUUAUAAUAUAUACAUAAGAAAAUGAAUGCUGUGAUUGCAUUAUGUGUUUUUUGUGAAUCACACGGACCUAAAGUGAUAUUCACAACUCAAACGUAUCAUAAUUAUGAUAAUCAGAGUACAGAGAAAUUAAAGUUCUACGGGCCUAAGGAAAUACUAAGACGUAGUCAAAACAUAUUGGAAGAUGGUCAGUACGAAUGCGAAGGAUGUCAAAGCAUCGGUAAUGUGAAGUAUUUGAGUAACGAACAUGAAACUAAGACAUCGUUCCUGUCUGCUCAACAAUCGUUGACUCAAGAUAUUUGGUGCUUAUUAAAACAUGCAUGUUUUAGGAGUUUAAGUUGUGAAGUGUAUCCUGGAAGAGAAGGUGUUUGCUAUUUUGGAGAUGAAUACAGGGGGCAUGUUUUAAGUCAUACGUUUACAUUAAAAGAUGCCCAGGCAAGAGGAAUCAGAAGGUGGUGCAGUUUCAUUGUUUUCAUGAGAGACAAACAGUUCCUCUUAAAUAUGUGGCCUUUUCUAGUUGACAAUUUGAAGGAAAUAAUUAGAGAAUUGCAAGAUUUUGCAGAAAAAAAAUAUAAUGCGGAAGAAGCAGAAUGCCCGCAAAGAGUUGUUCGUCUUGCAACAGUUAAUAAUGGAUCAGGGUCGUAUAAAAAUUCACAUACACAACCCAGAAGUUUUUGCGAAAUAACUAAUGAAAAACAUGUUUUCAUAAGAAUCCACAUGUGGCUAGUAUGGAUUCUUAGCGCAGGAGGAAGGCAUUUCAUAGAAAUUUUUCCUAUGAGCUUGUUAGAUGAUGAAUUAAAUUACGAUUUGGAACAUCAGAUUGAAACUGAGGAAGGAUUCACUUUAGUGAAUGCUAAAUUACCUGUUAAUUUAAAUUUAACGUUGAACGAAUCUGAAACAAACUCAGAGUUUUCAGAAGUUUUGGGAAAAUCUACCACCGUGAUACUCAGAAAUUUAAGAUCCAUAUUAGGAAAGGACCAAUUUAGACAACUUUUAUAUUCUAGUUUAACAGGUGUUCAAAUUUUAGUAAGAGGUCCAAGCUUUGAAAGAUUGGAGUUUUUGUAUGGCCUUAGUUCUCUUAUUCCGUGCGCAUGUCGAAGAGUCAAAACUCAAGCUACGGAAUAUAUGGAUCCUAAUAAGUGUAACUUCAUUGGUGUAGAUACAUCGGUGGCAGUUCCUUUACCAUGUGCAAGUGUAUGCAGAUUAGACAUUAUAUCUGAUGAACACAAAAUUGAAAAUACAAAUUCACACAUUGUUAGAUGGGCAGGCACAUUGCCUUUGAAACUUCCAACACUACUAAUAAAGAUUGAAAAGUCACUUGAUAAUGAGAAACUAGGCAAUUCAACAUUGAAAGCACAUUUUGCAGCACUGCAGGAGGAAUGGGCAAACAUUGCAAAAGUGAUUCAUGCUAUGCGAGGUCGUGGUCAUAGUGAAGAUCUUUCAGGACUUAUGCUUAGCUUAGGUGCUGGUCCUCACGAUAAAAAAUUACUAGAUGCUUGGUCAAUGGGUUUGCCACCAAACCCGGCAUAAGUUUUUAAUUAACUGACAAUACAUUAUACAUUGCAGUGUUAUUGGGUAAUAUGUAAUCUUAUGAUAUGCAUUCUCUUAUUUGUAUCUUUAAUUUGUUUUUCGAUAUUUAUAUAUUUGAGGUUGUGCAACAUUUUUGUAUUUAUGAUAUAGUUGAAAAAUAAGGGUUAAAACUAAUGUUAAUACAAAAUAAAUUACUUUACAUAC